AUGAAUAGAUUAUUUGGUACUGGAAACAAGAAAACCCAAGAAGAACUUUUAAAACAAUCAAAUCAAUCCUUAUCAAAUGCACAGAGUGGCUUAGAAUCAAAAAUAUCCACAUUGGAUACUCAGAUACAGCAAGUGACUAUUGAAUUACAAACCAUAAACAAAAGAUUAAAACAGCAAAAAACAAACUCAGCUUUAAGAUCGAGAGCAAUGAAACUAUUAAAUAAAAGGAAACAAUUGGAAAAAAUGAGAGACCAGCUGGAUUCCCAAAUUUGGUCAAUGUCUCAAGCACAAAUGACCAGUGACAAUUUAGUGAAUACAAUGUUAACCGUCGAUGCGUUACAAAAAACCAAUAAAGUUUUACAAAAACAGUAUGGGAAAAUCAACAUUGAUAAAAUACAAGAUAUGCAGGACGAAAUGAUGGAUCUAAUUGAACAAGGUAAUGAGUUACAAAAUGUACUUGCUUCAAAUCAAUAUGAAGAUCCUAAUGCUGUUUCUGAAGGUGAACUAGAUGCAGAACUAGACGCUUUGAUGGACGAAGAUGAUACUCUAGGCAUUUAUGGUACUGUUGAUGGUAUACUAAGUGAUACCAAUGUUUCUAUUCCUAACACAACUGUUCCUAGUUACUUGAGUAAUAAUGUUCCUGAUUUUAUAGAUGAAGAUGGUGGCGAAUUACAAAAAACAGAGGAGGGUGCUAAAAAGGAAGCUGUUUGA